GGUGAAACGGCGAACCACAGUGCCGCAUAGCCUUGAGAAAACUGGCUGGUUCGUAAGGGUAAUAUUCACCAUUGGUUCUACAAUGAGACUGCUUUGGAAUACAAUCGUAGAUGUGUUCUUGCUUGCUGCGACGGUGUUGUUUUUGAAGGAUACAAUGACGCCACUGAAAGGCAAUGCGAAUGUCAGGAGAAAUCCAAGGAGAUUUUAUCACCGAACUAUCUCUCUGGAUGACAUUAAACUUAUCAAGAAUGCUAUGAACAUGACUAUCAACGAUGUUCUACUCGGAAUUACACAAGCUGCUCUUUCUAGCUAUAUGAACCGACAAUAUCUUGUUUCCCAAGAACAAGACAAGAAUGAUGAGCUGGAGGAUGGAUCAUUAUUGACUUCAUAUCUUCCAGAUGGUAUACGGUUUCGUGCAGGUUGUACAGUAAAUCUAAGGUCAGACAUCGGGUUCAAGCCUUUGGCAGAAAUGAUGGUGAAGGAUUCAAAAUGCAGGUGGGGAAACUACUUCAGUUUUCUUAUCUUGCCGUUAUCGAUUGGUUUAGAAACCGAUCCAUUGGUUUAUCUAGAAAAAUCCAAAGCUAUUAUGGCUCGAAAGAAGCACUCUUAUCAAGCUGCUCUAGCGUAUUUUUUUAUCAAAAUCAUCCUAAAAGUGUUAGGAGCUAAGGCAGCAUCAUUAGCAUUCAAUCAACACUUGAAGAACAUAACGACAUGUGUGUCAAACGUUAUGGGCCCUAUGGAAGAAAUCAGUUUCCGUGGCCAUCCCAUCGCUUACAUUUCUCCAAGCUCUUAUGGACACUCACAGGCAUCGUUGAUACAUUACACAAGUUAUGCGGGGGAAGUGACAAUCACGAUAGGGGUUGAUCCUACUGUAAUACCAGAUCCUCACAAGAUUUGUGAUGAUAUGGAAAAAUCACUAAAAACAAUGAAAGCUGUUCUUUGGGAAAGAAGGUUACUCUAAGGCCCAUGAGGCCUCAACUCAUUCAAACCUUGUGUUUGCUCCUCGUUUUAAGUCCUGCAUUGGUCAUUCCUUUGCUUCAUCUACACUGUUAUCGCAUCUCUUUCUCAUGCUAUUUUAAUUCUUCGCUCUGUUUAGCAUUCUCAAAUAUGGUCUAAAGCUAGUUGAGAGGUUUUAAGGUUGAAGAAAACUCAAAGCUAAACUCAAAUGUCGUGUCUUAAGAAGUUAAAACCUCACGUUACUAGUUUCUGCAACCCACACAAUACAAUUCCCUAGCUGAAUAUUUUGGAUAUAAAAUAAAAAAAAUAGCGCUAUUAGUUGGAAAUUAAUCAUCUUUCCUUUCAA